AUGGGCGAAUACAAUGAUGUCGAUAGAUAUAUAUCCAUUCUGAAGGAGUGUAAGCCAUUGUCAGAGGUCGAUGUAAAGAACCUUUGUGAUAAGGCACGCGAAAUAUUGCUGCAAGAGUCGAAUGUGCAGCCGGUCAAGUGUCCGGUGACUGUCUGCGGUGACAUUCACGGCCAGUUCCACGAUCUGAUGGAGCUGUUCAAGAUUGGCGGCAACUGUCCAGACACGAACUACCUCUUCAUGGGCGAUUACGUCGAUCGUGGCUUCUACUCGGUCGAGACCGUCACCCUGCUCGUCGCGCUCAAGGUGCGCUACAGAGAUCGCGUCACCAUCCUCAGAGGAAACCAUGAGUCUAGACAGAUUACACAAGUAUACGGAUUCUACGAUGAGUGUCUAAGGAAGUAUGGCAACCCCAACGUCUGGAGACUCUUUACCGAUUUGUUCGACUAUCUACCUUUAACUGCGCUCAUUGAGAAACAGGUGUUCUGUUUACACGGUGGACUGUCUCCUUCGAUUGAUACACUGGAUCAUAUUAGAAGUUUGGACCGUCUGCAGGAGGUGCCACACGAGGGCCCAAUGUGCGACUUGCUUUGGUCUGACCCAGACGACAGGAAUGGAUUCGGCUACUCACCAAGAGGUGCAGGCUACACGUUUGGCAAGGAUAUCUCUGAGCAGUUCAAUCACAACAACGGUCUGACACUCGUGGCCCGUGCGCAUCAACUGGUGAUGGAGGGCUACAACUGGGCACAUGACCAGAACGUCGUAACCAUAUUCAGUGCGCCAAACUACUGCUACCGAUGCGGUAAUCAAGCUGCCAUUAUGGAGAUUGAUGAGAAGAUGAAGCAUACCUUCCUGCAGUUCGACCCAGCUCCAAGACGAGGAGAGCCACAUGUCACUCGUAGAACACCAGACUAUUUCUUGUAG